GACAUCAUCUACGCUGGGGAGAAGGCGGAGUUUGGGCAACCCGAAAUCCUACUGGGGACCAUCCCAGGCGCCGGAGGGACGCAGAGGUUGACUAGGGCAGUGGGGAAGUCGCUGGCAAUGGAGAUGGUCCUCACCGGGGACCGAAUUUCGGCAGCAGAGGCAAAAGAGGCAGGUCUGGUCAGCAAGGUCUUUGCCACGGAGAAGCUGCUGGACGCAGCCAUUGCCUGCGCUGAGAAGAUCGCCAGCAACUCUAAGGUGGUGGCCGCCAUGGCGAAGGAGUCGGUCAACGCUGCCUUCGAGACGACGCUGGCAGAGGGGACCAGGACAGAAAAGCGCCUUUUUUACGCCACCUUCGCCACCAAUGACCGCAGGGAGGGGAUGACAGCAUUUGUGGAGAAACGCAAGGCGAACUUCACCGACAGCUGA